CUAACCUACUCCCAAUUAAUGAGUCAAUCAAAUUGGCUCAUAAUUUGCUUUGCUCUGUUUAUAUUUGGAUUGCUUUAAAUAAAUUAUAAGAAUAAACUAAAAAAAUCAUAAAAUGUCAUCACUAGAUUCUUUUGCUGGUUUAGGUGGUUCAAAUGAAAAUAGCCAAUCGCAACCGAUGGAUAUUCAUGAUUCACCAUUGACAGCUAAUGAUGAAGACAAAGCAACAAUUGCCGAUGAAUCUCAACCAGAACAAUCGUAUCUUGAAAAUGAUCCCAUCUUUUCUACAGCUGGUCAACAACUUAUCGAUUUCUUACAAUAUCUUGAAGAUUAUCAACCAACCAUACCAGAUUCAGUUACAAGUCAUAUAAUGCAUACAUCUGGAUUCAAUACAAAUGAUACACGAAUAUUACGUUUGGCUUCAUUGGCUAGUCAAAAAUUUAUUGCCGAUAUUGCUAAUGAUGCUUUACAACAUUGCAAAAUGCGAACAGCAUUGUCACAGAAUAAAAAGCAAACAAAAGAUAAACGUUAUACUUUGACAUUUGAAGAUCUUGUUCCAGUGUUGAGCGAAUAUGGAAUUAACAUUAAAAAACCACAGUAUUUCUACUAAAUUCAAUUCAUCAUUUCUAUCCUUUGAUUUGGCUAUUUUUAUCAUUUAGAUUUAUUUCAUAAACACAAAAAGAAAAAUCGAUUCAAUGUAGUUUGUUAUAUUUCAAGUAAAUAAUAAAAAAUUUGUUUAUACAAA